CGUUCCACGGAGCGCCGAUCGUCAAUUUCCGUCGUUUUCGGGUCGAUUUUGGUCGUUUUCGGCCGUUUUUGGUCGUUUUCGGCCGUUUUUGGUCGUUUUCGGCCGUUUUUGGUCGUUUUCGGCCGUUUUUGGGCCGAUUUUGGUCGUUUUCGGCCGAUUUUGGUCGUUUUCGGUCGUUUUUGGCCGAUUUUGGUCGUUUUCGGCCGUUUUCGGCCGUUUUUGGUCGUUUUUGGGCCGUCGUCGUCUUCGUUGUUUUUAGGCGUCUGAACACUUCAAAAGGCGCUCGUUUGGCUGCUCUCGAUCGCCUUUGCAGAACUCGGAGCCGCUACAUGCAUCGGAGAGCAGCCCGGACUGGAGGAGGAGUUGGUGGGCACAUGGACACAGAGCCACGGCCAUGGCAUCAGACACCACGAAAGCCCUGCAGGGAGCCUCAAUCCUUGCCACCUACAAUGUCCUCUUACAGGUGUCCUUCCGUGUCAUCACAUUCGUGCUUAACGCUUUCAUCCUGCGACACCUCUCCAAGGAGGUGCUGGGGGUCGUCAAUGUCAGGCUCACCCUGCUCUACUCCACCACCGUGUUCCUGGCGAGGGAGGCGUUCCGGCGUGCCUGCCUGAGCCGGGCAUCUACCGCCGACUGGCGUCGCGUCAUCAACCUCCUGUGGAUGACGGUGCCGCUGGGGGCGGUAUGCGCCGGAGCGCUGGGCUACGUGUGGACCAGAUGGCUGGAGGCCCCGGACGCGGAGCACGUGCCCGCCUACCCGGCCGCCGUGUGGGUGUUUGCGGUCUCGGCCGUUGUGGAGCUACUGUCAGAGCCGUUCUGGGUGCUCGCCCAGGCGCACAUGUUCGUGCGACUACGGGUGUCUGCGGAGAGCCUGGCGUUGGGCAGCAGGAGCAUCCUCACCGUGGCGUUGGUGUUCCUCAGGCCGGACUGGGGCCUCUGGGUUUUUGCUUUUUCACAGGUGCCCACAUCAGACAAAAUACAGGACACCUUGACAACGCUGGGAAAUUCAGCAUGAUACGAUAAGGCCACU